AAAUGCAAACACAAGGCCUACGCCGCGGAUCGGUACUCGACUACGAACAGUCGCUGAUAUUUGGCCAGUAUCGGGAAAAGUUGGCCACAUUUGCGGCCAUACAGUCGCAAAAGUCAAACAGAUUGCGCGAAGAACGGCAGAAAACUGGCGGCGACCUAACCAAACACUAUCGGGUCAAACAUAAGUCCAGACUGGCCCAGAGUCUCAUCAACCGUGGCCUAUGGAUACUACAGUUGGGCGGCGAUUGGAUACUAUUGGCCGUAGUGGCCAUUAUUGUGGCCUCAUUGAGCUUUUUCAUGGAUAUUGUUAUACACGCCUGUUUUGAUUUACGUAAAUGGCUGAUCAAAAAUAUUAGCGACCUAUUCAUCAAUCAGUACCUGAUUUGGAUAGCUUUCAUAAUGGUUUUGGCAAUGAUAUCGACACUACUGGUCCGUUAUGUGUCCCCACAGGCGGCCGGCAGCGGUGUCGGCGAAAUGAAGGUUGUCUUAAGAGGAGUCGUAUUAAAAGAAUAUCUAUCAUUUAAGACAUUGACCGCAAAAGUUAUUGGACUACCAUUUGUAUUGGGCAGUGGUAUACCACUUGGUAAGGAAGGGCCGUUUGUCCACAUUUCGGCAAUGCUUGUCAACCAAUUGGUCAAAUUGUUUGGUCCGAUUCGUAGCCAAAAUGAAUACGAGUCCCGAUUUCUUGAUUUGAUUGCAGUGGCGUGUGCUGUAGGUGUGGCCACCACUUUUGCAUCGCCAGUCGGCGGUGUCUUAUACAGCAUAGAGAUAGUGUCGGUAUUUUUUUCGGUCCGAUCCUAUUGGAUGGGAUUUUUUGCUGCAACCAUAGGUGCCCUAUUCUGGCGCCUACUAACUGUUUGGUUUCAAUUUGAGGACAACAUUACCCAUAUAUUUAAGACUAACUUCCGGAGGGAUCAUCCGUACGAAACCCUGGAACUACUGUCGUUUGCACUGUUGGGUGUCCUGUCGGGUAUCAGUGGCUACCUGUUUGUUACCUUACAGCGCUCGAUCGUACUGUUCAAUAGGAAACGUAGCCGAUUUCAUGCCCUAUUGCAAAACUAUCCGCUGGUCUAUCCCGUACUGGUUAUACUGAUUGUAGGCUUGCUAUCAUUUCCGCCCGGUUUUGGCCAAUAUUACGGGUCGUGGAUGUCGGCCGAACAGGCAAUGCACGAACUGUUCAACAAUGAAACCUGGGGUCUGAUUGCCGACCAGAUAGAUACCGAUCCCAUUAUCGACAACUGGCGUACACCGUCUACAUCCAUAUAUGUCAAUACAUUCUUGUUUUUUGUUAUGAAUAUGCUAUUGAUAGCCCUGUGCUCGACACUGCCAGUACCUGCUGGGCUAAUAGUUCCCAGUUUUAAGAUCGGUGCCGGACUUGGAAGAUUUUAUGGCGAAUGGAUGGCCUAUCUGUUCCCUAAUGGUAUGAAUCCCUACAACAAUAGGACUGAUAUAACCAUAAUUCCGGGCGCCUAUGCUGUGGCCGGUUCGGCAGCUUUUGCCGGCGCUAAUACCGGUGCCAUAUCAUCGGCGGUAAUCAUAUUCGAGGUAACUGGCCAGAUGACUCAUUUGCUACCUGUGCUGGUAGCCGUAAUCGUUGCCACACUGGUAGCCCAGCGACUGGGGCCGUCCAUCUACGACAGUCUGAUUAAGCUGAAAAAACUACCCUAUUUACCGCCGAUAAUGUCCAGUCCAUUGAAAUCUCAUCGGAUAUUUGUCGAAGAUUUUAUGGUUGUCGAUAUGCACUAUAUAUGGGACGGCUGUUCCUAUAGAUAUCUGAGACAUUUGCUGAACUCGAAGAAACAUCUGAGUGUCUAUCCGUUUGUCAAAUCUCCCGAAUCGAUGAUAUUGUUGGGAACUGUUGAACGACUAGAAUUGGAAUCACUAUUGGAUCGGCAUUUAAGCAAAGAUCAGAUGAUCGAAGAUCUGAAGAAAACUAGUAGUAAAAGUAGUUUAAAUAAUAAUAAUCAUAAUAAGAGGCCAUCGCCUACCUGUCCAAUACAUGGUAGUGGUAGUGGUGGUGUCGGUGGUGGUGUUGGUGUCGGUGGUGGACCCCAUCAAAGGUUUCAAGUGGAGACCAUACCCGAGGAUCAGAUUUUCGAGAUAACAUCAGUAGGAAAACAUGUUUGGGAGGAAAAUCAAUUGGAUAAAACGGUAGAUUUUACUACCUGUCCCAUUGAGCCGGCACCAUUUCAAUUGGUCGAGGGCACAUCAUUGAUGAAGGCACACAAUCUAUUCUCAUUACUUGGCCUUCAAUUGGCAUUUGUGACGGUUUUGGGACGACUUAUAGGUGUUGUGGCCCUCAAAGAGAUCCGUACAGCCAUUGAACAAAUGCAUUCGGGAGAUCUGCCCCGAAAACGGACCAAUUCCUCGACCACAUCAUCGCCGCCGCCGCCAGAAAAUCAACCAUUAAAUGAAUGACAAUCAGAUGAAAUUGAAGACAACAACAAAAAAAAUUAUUAAUUA